GGCUCAGAGAACAUGAAUGGUCCAAAGCAACCCAGUGAAGUGACACUGUAUUUGAACCCGGGUCUGGCUGCUUCUAGUGCAUCACCUGAACUCUUGCUGGGACAGUCCAGGCUCUCCACGAGGAAGGUGUCAGAUCCAGGCAAGAGCUGAGACUUUAGCAGCAAGAGCGCACCUGGCAAAGAAGUUUCGUUGCACUGCUACCGAUCAUCACCAUACCGUACUUAACCAGACAAACUUUGUAGCAUCUCGGCGUGCUUUCGGGCGCGCGUGUAAUUUCCGCCUCAUUUUAAAAGCUCGAAAGUUUGAAAGUCAGACCCGAGCGUUUUGUUUCUUAGUCUUCCAGACAAUCGUCGGUACAAAAACAGCCUCGGGCAGUUAAGCGAGGCCAAACAACAAAGAGAUGCAAAUUACGUUCCAGCACCGCCCACUCGGGCAAACCGUUAACGGCCAUCUCGCGGUGAAAUGCCUCGCAGCCCACCCUCCCGCCUCCAGCCUUUCCUUUUUGAACGAAACCUUCCAAAAACUGAUUGGCUUGAGGCCGCUCGGCUUCUUUCAGCGCGUGCGCAGGAGCGAAGCGGCCGGCCGUUUCCUUUCUCUUUUCCUGUUGCUUCUGAUUGGAGGCGGCGGGAGGAGCAUCAUUGGGAGGCCGCCGAGGCCGUCUCCGGUGGGGGAGCGCCUUCUCCGCGGCAAGAGAAGUUUGGGGGAACCGGCGGCCUGCUUGGCGCUUCGGGAAUCCGGCGGGAGGCUGAGGAAAUGCAUUAUUUUGAAGAGGAAUUAACUUGUUCUAUUUGCUACAGUAUAUUUGAUGAUCCUCGUGUACUGCCAUGUUCGCAUACAUUUUGUAGAAAUUGUUUGGAAAGUAUUCUUCAGAUAUCAGGCAAUUUUUCCAUAUGGCGCCCCUUAAGGCUUCCUCUGAAGUGUCCCAAUUGUAGAAGUAUUGUUGAAAUUCCUCCAUCUGGUACAGACGCUUUGCCUGUAAACUUUGCAUUAAAGGCUAUUAUUGAAAAGUAUCAACAAGAGGAUCAUCCUGAAGUUGCUACUUGCAGUGAGCAUUAUAGACAACCACUAAAUAUUUACUGUCUACUAGACAGAAAACUUGUGUGUGGCCAUUGUCUUACAAUAGGAAAACAUCAUGGCCAUCCUAUAGAUGACCUACAAAGUGCCUACAUGAAAGAAAAAGAAACUCCUGGAAGACUCCUUGAACAGUUGACGGAUAAACAUUGGAGUGAAGUUUGUUUGCUUAUUCAGAAUCUGGAGGAACAGAAAGCUCAGUGUGGGAGCAUUGUUCAGGAGGAUAAAAAAACAGUUUUGCAAUAUUUUAAGAGACUUGGAGAUGCCCUUGAUCAGAAAAAACAAGCUUUACUUACAGCUCUGGAUGAUGUAAAUAUGCAAAUUGAGACCGAAUAUGAACCUCUCAUAGAAAUGUUGAAAGCAAUACGAGAAGAGCAACUUGAACUAAUGUCACUGAAUACAUCGUUUCAAGAGGAGGAGUCUCCUCUUCAUUUUCUGGAGAAAGUUGAGGAAAUACGUCAGCGUGUUAAAAUUUUAAGGGAAAAACCAUUACCUAUGAUUAAGCCGGUUGAAAUCCAUCCUAGAAUAGGACAGGUGUUAAAAGAUGUGUGGAGCAAAAGUGAAAUUAAUCAGAUUAACAAAAUUCUCAUUCCCAAAAUAAAGCUAAUUUCAAAACAAAAAGUAUGUUCCCAGGAUUGUGACAAUGAGACUAGACCAGCUAAAAAAUCCUUCUGGUCCUUCAGUCCUUUGGCAAUUAUACUACUUUCUUUUAUUUUUCUUACUGUUGCCUUUAGCCAACAUAUAUUAACAUUCAUAAAUGAAAUAGUUUUUCCAUGUAUUUUUGAUACUUUGCAGAUAAUUUAUCAAGACUUAAGUAAAAGAUUGCACAUAGCAGUGGAAAACACUAUGAUAUACCCCUGAUUUAAUUAAAGAAUAUUUUUGCUUUUGAUAGCAACUUCUUGCCCUGCUAAGAAAAAAAUCUGAAUUCUAAUGGAUUUAAUUUUAACUUGAUGUUAAAUUAAGGUUUAAUUGAUAUCAACGUCUUUUUUCAAGAGUGUCAGAAAUUACCUAGCAUUACAAAUAGGCCAGUUACAGCCUGUACUGUUUGAACAAAUGUUCAAUUCUCUUCCCUAUAUGCAUGCAGAGGUAAUCUCUUGCCCACAGAAGACCAUGUAAAGAUUGUGUGAGAAUUGAGGUGAACUGUGAGAUCCUUAGGACUAUCUGAGCUUGUUUGUUUUUUUGCAGACGUUUCAUUACCCAAGGUAAUGAACCCUAGGUAACAUCAUCAACCACUAAGAACACUCCCACCAACAGUGAUGGGGCAAGAAACUUGUACAUAAACAGAGAACAAACUUCACUCCUAGUGGUAAUGGUGUUACCUAGUUGGAUAAUGAAAUGUCUGCAAGAAAACAAGUUUUGAUGGCACCAAGGACCUUGCAGUUCAACCCUAAACUACAAAUAUUCUCUUCUUUUGGGAUCAAGGUUGAGUUUGGCUUGACUUGAUGGUUUACUCUUGUCACAUCUUUGUUGUCUUCACAUCCAUAAUUUUUAUAUACAAUUAAUAUAAUACAAUGCUAAUUAUCCAAAAACUCUUUUAAAUUGCUUUUCCUGUUAGGAACAAAUAUUGGAGACUAAAUAUUUUUAAGUGUUUCCUUAUGAAAAAGGAAAUUAGAUGAAACAUCUAACAAUUUCUACUCAGUUCUAAUAUUUCAAAUAGUAUGACUUGCAAAGAUAAAACAUAUUUUUAUUAACUCCUUUAAUAGAGAGAGAGAGAGAGAGAGAUUAUCUUGAUGGAUAAGGAAGCAUAUAUUUCUAGUCUUAACAUUUAAAAUUUAUAUUACAUCAUCUCAGUGUUCAUAAAGCUAAACAAUUUUUUAAAAUCAGCAUUUGCAAUAAAUCUCCCAGGGGUUCUGGUUUUAGUUCCACAAAGAUUUGAGCCUGU